AUGCCAAACGUAAAAUGCCAACUUUUCUGGAUUGCGUUGAAGCAGGUUGUGCUUCCGUGGCGCAAUCGGUCAGCGCGUUUGGCUGUUAACCGAAAGGCUGGUGAUUCAAGCCCACCCGGGAGCGGUGGGACGGGCUUUUUUCGUUGUACACAUUAUUUCCGAAUUUUUAGUGCGAAAAAAGAUGCUGAAAAGUUGUUACCUGAAAUUCACGAGACGCUUUUAUCCACUGAAAAUGUUCGUAAUGGUUAUCCGGUGGCACUACCAACCGAUAAGGAAUUUAGUAAAAUGAUUAAUAGUAUAUUUAUUGUUAGCUCUGAUACUCCUGAAGGAGAAUGCUUGACAAUAUCCGACACUUCACUAACACUUGCAAAUCUACAUCUGUACAAAUUGUUAAAUCAUGAUGCACAAGUACUAGAAGCGCAGUCAGGUGAGCAUGACUCGCAGCCUAAUAUUGCGGGAUCGCUACUGUGGGAAUUACCUUGUUGUGAAUUUGAUGGAUUUUGGGAAAAUUUGAUUUUUGAUGAUUCCAUUAAAGACGAGCUCCUUUCUUAUGUUUAUGCGCUGGUCAGGCUUUCGGAUAAAAAUGCAAAUUCUGCAGUGUUAAGUGUAAAUCGAUUAAUUUUACUGCACGGACCACCAGGAACUGGCAAAACAUCGCUUUGCAAAGCAUUGGCCCAAAAAUUGGCUAUACGAUUUAGCCAAAAAUACAGAAGCAUAUAUUUCGUGGAAAUUAACAGUCAUGGUCUUUUCUCGAAAUUUUUUUCUGAGAGUGGCAAAUUGAUCCAUAACAUGUUCAAACAAAUUGAAGAACUCGCAGAAGAUCCUAAAGCCUUUGUUUUCGUACUUAUUGAUGAAGUAGAAAGCUUAACCACAGCUCGAAGUGCUUUAUUAAAUCGAAACGAACCAACGGAUGCAAUUCGUGCUGUAAAUGCUAUUCUUACCGAAGUGGAUCAUAUACGUCGUCGUAACAACAUAUUUAUUUUUACCACUUCCAAUAUAACACAGGCAAAUUUUAAUUUUCAGAGUUUGGAUGAGGCCUUCACAGAUAGAAUAGAUUUAAGUCGUUUCGUUGGUUACCCUUCAGUAAAUGCAAUUUACACCAUAUUAUCCUCAUGCAUUCAAGAAAUGCAGAGAAUUGGAAUUGUGGAGCCAGGUCCAUGGUUUUCUGAACGAUACGCAACUGAUCCAUAUUGUGAGAAACUUAUGCAGCUGUCACGAAGAGCUUCUGGUUUGAGUGCGCGUUGUCUACGGCAGCUCCCCAUCAUUGGAUAUUCCAAAUUAUUGGUGAAUCAGUUGUCCAUCGACCAAUGUCUUGAUGUGUUAGAAAGAGCCUUGAAAGAUAAAUUUUCAGAAAAUGUGAGGUGUAAAUCAGGGUUGUGGUGA